CCAACUCCAAAGAGGACGGACCAACCAGAAAAAUUAGAGGAGAUAAACUUGACGCGUCUCUUCUUCUUCAACCUCCGUCUCCUUUACGUCACCGGAAAACAAAUCUCAUCGCCGGAGAAACUGAUCCCACCUCUUUCACGAACUGUUGCUGAAAAAAAAAAUGCAAUGGAAUGGGGUGAGACGAGCCCAUUCUAUGUGGUGCAAGAGUUUAACAAACAAAACUCAUUUGCAUCAUCCUUCUAUUCCAGUCUUACAUUUCCUCACCACCAUGUCGAGUUUGGAGGAGCCGCUUGGAUUUGACAAGUUGCCAAGUAUGAGUACAAUUGAUAGGAUUCAGAGGUUUUCUUCCGGUGCUUGUCGGCCUCGGGAUGAUUUCGGCAUGGGACAUCGUUGGAUUGAUGGAAGAGAUUGCAGUACCUCAAAUAGUUGCAUUGAUGAUGAUAGAAGUUUUGGUAAAGAGUCUUUUCCGUGGAGAAGGCAUACUCGGAAAUUAUCUGAAGGCGAACUACAUCUGAUUCGGAAUAUUUCAGUUUCGGGAAGGACUUCUACAGUUUCUGGAAUUUUAAGGGAAUCCAGAAGUUUUAAGGAGCAUAAGUAUAGUACAUUGAGCAAUGAAAAUAGCACUCCACAUAUAAAUCAUAAGAUCUCUAAAGGUAUACCAAAGUUUGUGAAGAUUGUAGAAGUUGGUCCAAGGGAUGGCCUGCAAAAUGAGAAAAAUAUAGUACCCACAUGUAUAAAGGUGGAACUAAUUCAGAGAUUAGUUUCUGCUGGAUUGUCCGUUGUCGAGGCUACAAGUUUUGUAUCACCAAAAUGGGUUCCCCAGCUUGCAGAUGCAAAGGAUGUAAUGGAUGCUGUAAAUACUUUAGAUGGGGCUCGAUUGCCGGUUCUGACACCAAAUCUGAAAGGCUUUGAAGCGGCUGUAUCUGCAGGUGCUAAGGAAGUUGCAAUCUUUGCAUCAGCUUCUGAGUCAUUCUCCUUGUCAAAUAUUAAUUGUACCAUCGAAGACAGUCUUUUGAGAUAUCGUGCUGUUACCACUGCUGCAAAGGAGCAUGGGAUUCCCGUCCGUGGGUAUGUAUCUUGCGUUGUGGGGUGUCCAGUGGAGGGAGCCGUUCCACCCUCGAAAGUAGCUUAUGUUGUGAAAGAACUCCACGACAUGGGCUGCUUUGAGAUUUCUCUAGGUGACACAAUCGGGAUCGGUACUCCUGGUUCUGUGGUUCCCAUGCUCGAAGCCGUGAUGGCAGUUGUGCCAGCGGACAAGCUUGCUGUUCAUUUCCACGACACCUAUGGACAAGCUCUUGCAAACAUAUUGAUGUCUCUCCAAAUGGGAAUAAGCAUAGUAGACUCAUCAAUUGCUGGACUAGGCGGCUGUCCAUAUGCAAAAGGAGCUUCUGGAAAUGUAGCCACAGAAGAUGUGGUUUACAUGUUGAAUGGUUUAGGCGUCCAAACCAAUGUCGACUUGGGAAAGCUAAUUGCAGCUGGAGAUUUCAUCAGCAAGCAUCUCGGCCGUCCCAACGGUUCAAAGGCUGCUGUUGCACUCAACCGUCAGAUUACAGCUGAUGCUUCCAAGAUAUGAGUUUUAUUAGAGGAUUCACAUAUCGGAAGUCUUAUGAAUACGACUAUACGAGAGACUUUAUGAAUGUGGGUAUAAAUUUUAUGUAAGAUGAUGUAUGAAUGGUUCAUUGGUAUAAACGAUGCAAUUGAAAGGCACAAAUGGUUUUAUUCUUGUAUC